AUUAUGGACUAUGUCGACGGUCUUGUUGCUUUAGAACACCGAGAGCUCAAAAUCAGCCCUCCCUUAACGUUCGGGACCCUGGAGCAAGAUGAGAGCUUUCGAAAACAGAUGGCUGGCAUCCAAGUCCAGCUCUCCACCUACAUCAUUGACGAAAUCGGCUGUCUGGCUCUUGACGAUGAAGGCAACAUAACUAUUGGCCGGGAUAUUGAAACUUGCAAAGGGUCUUGGGCAUCCGCCGUCGACUAUUACAAUGAUGCUGCCGACCAUGCCAUCUCCGGGACUUUGCGAGAGAUCGAGGAUGAUAUGCUGCAGUCGAGGUCCAGGACCUUCCCGUUGCUCUUUAAGGAGAUAGUGAAACGGCGAUGUCCUCGUUCCUCGGGGCCUUUCUGUUUAACAAAUCGGGAUUUUGGCGCCCAUAACCUACUUAGUCGACGACAGUUUCAACAUCAUUGCUAUGAUAGAUCUGGACGGUAUAAUGGCAGCUCCAAUUGGGCCAGCCGCACAGCUUCCGCUCUAUUCUGGCCAGCACGAAUCGCACCGAAUCUACCCCGAUACAAGCGCCUAAUAUUCGAACUGGAAAGAUCUGUCUUCAAACAAAUCCAAGAGCAGGGCGAGCCGGCCGAGUAUAUCCCACUCAGCUCAUACAUGCUGUCAGACACGGCAAGCGUAGUGCAGGGCCUGGCAGAUUACAAGUCCCAUCAAACCUCAGUCAGCGAUAAAUGGAUGGACUGUUAUGCGCGGCAUUUAAAGGAGAUUGACGGAGCUGUGACUGUCAAACUGCGAAAAAACUAA